CACGCGGCGGCUCAACGGCCGCGACGGGCGCACCCGCGCCUUCCUCCCGCGCCGCCGCGGCCCUCAGGUCGGAGGCUCGCCCGGUUCCCGGAGCUGGUAAUUCUGAAGAAAACCUGUUCAUCAUGGCCUGUGCUGCUGUUUCUGUGGGUUUUACUAUUCCUCAGUUACUGAGAGGUACUAGCAGGAUUUUUCCCACUCAUUCUGCAUUGGUGGUAUUGAGGCACUCUGCUUUUUGUUACUGCACAGUGAACAGCACAACAAAAUCAAAAAGAAAAAUGGAUCAUCUAGAGAGAACAGCAAAUAAUUUUCGCCAGGAGAUAAUUUCACAAGCUAAAGUGUGUGGAAUCACCAAUGAAUCUGAGACGGUCAAAAGACUUCGGUUGGCUGUCACAAACAAAGAUUUUACUUUCAAAGCGGGACAAUGGGUUGAUUUCUUUAUUCCUGGAGUUUCUGUAGUUGGGGGAUUCUCAAUAUGCUCAAGCCCUGGUCUAUUGGAACAACAUGGAAUAUUAGAACUGGCAGUAAAGCAUGCUGUUCAUCCUCCUGCUCACUGGAUUCACACUGAGUGUACUCUUGACUCAGAAGUGGCUCUGCGAGUGGGAGGUGAUUUCUUCUUUGAUCCUCAGCCUGGUGACCCCCCUGUAAAUCUAGUGCUGAUAGCAGGAGGUGUUGGAAUUAACCCAUUGUUUUCUAUACUGCUGCAUAUCGCAGAUCUUCAUGAAUAUCAACAAAGUAAAGGAUAUGGAUACCAAAUGGGAACUGUGAAGCUGUACUACAGUGCAAAAAAUACAAAUGAACUCUUAUUUAAGAAAAAUAUUCUUGGUUUGAUGAAUGCAUUUCCUGGAAAGAUCACAUGUCAUUUCCACGUUACUCAGCAGUGUUCACAGAUCUGUAAAGAAUUUCAGCCAUAUGUCACAGAGGGAAGAAUAUCUGAAGAGGAUUUAGAAAAACAUGCAUCUAAGGAUACUUUAUGGUACAUCUGUGGUCCACCUCCAAUGAUAGAAUCUAUAUCCAAACGACUAGCGAAUAUUGGUGUUCCUAGAGACUGUGUUUUCUUUGAGAAAUGGUGGUAGUGAGAGCUGUUGAGCAGAAAAUACAGUAUUUGUUUUCAAUUUGUUUUGAUAAAAUAUACAGAAAAAUGACUAGACUUAAUUGGAAGACUUUACCUCAUAAUGAUGCCAUCCUGAAUCAUGAUGAUGUUCUUUAGAUUUAACUAUAAUGUAUCUUUAAUACAGUGCUGCUACUUUGAAAAAAAAAAAAAAAAGGUGAUUUUAUAUUAAAGACCAUAACACUUC